AUGAAAUUCUCUAUCGCUGCCUCCGUUUUCGCUGCCGCUGGCGUCGCCUCUGCAACCAUCGCCGCUGUUUCUCAGAUCGGCGAUGGCCAGAUCCAGGCCACUGUCCCAGGUGCUUCUACCUCGGCCGCUACCACUACAACUACUUCAGUCGCUACUCCAGCCUCUACUCCAGCCACUGUGGUGUCCGCUUCGACCUCUGCCACCACCGAGUCUGCUUCCGCCACCACCUUCACCACUACUUUCGGCGGCUCCUCCAUCUCUUCCCCAGUGGCCAGCUCUCAACGCUCCUCUGAUGACAUCACUUACGUCGACAUCACUACCACCCCUGAGGUCACCACUUCCCAGGUGAAGACUGAGAAGUCCACAUCUACCCCUUACUCAUACACAACUCUGGCCACUCAGAACUCCACCGCUACCGGUAGCGGCAGCUCUUCUUCCGUCAGCCUGAGUGUGUUCGAGGCCGGUGCGCAAAACAUCGCUGCUGGUGCUGGUAUCGGCGCUCUGGCUGCCGGUGCGCUCAUCGCUUUAUUGUAA